GUUUCGCUCCAAUAUUAUUGGCAAGAUUUCAAAGUGUUUGCGAGGGAACAUUGCAGCAUUCUGCCUGCUGUGUGAGGUCCACUUCACUUGGCCAUAAUGGCGACACCCUACCCCACUGGUGCGCCCAGCGCCCCGCCGCCGUCGAGUGGCGAGUUCAAAACUCAAGUCCAGCUCUUGAUCUCGUGCACGAAUCUUGUGGACAAGGACAUCUUGUCCAAGUCGGAUCCGAUCUGCGUGGUGGAUAUGCUCCAGGGAACAAUCGACGCUAGCCGUGGAAAAUUCACGGAGGUGGGUAGAACUGAGCACAUCAAGGACAAUCUGAACCCAUCCUUCACCAAAGCCAUCACUGUAGAUUUUUUCUUUGAGGAGAUCCAGCACCUGCACUUCAUUGUUUACGACGUGGACAAGCCUGGGCAGAACCUGAGAGCUGGUGGUGGAGAGUUGCUCGGUGAAGCCAAGACACAGCUGGGAAAGAUCGUGGCAGCAGGCUCACUGGAGCUGACAUUGGAGGUUGCAGGGAAGAAGAAGAGCUCCAGCAAGAUCAAGAUUGUAGCUGAGGAGGUGAGCAAUAUUGAGGAGAAGAUCUCAGUGACAUGGGCUGCUACCAAGUUGGACAAAAAGGAUUUCUUCGGCAAGUCUGAUCCGUUUCUGGAGUUUAGUAGAGCUAACCCCGACGGCACGUUUACGCCAGUUCAUCGCACGGAGAUCAUCAAGAAUUCUCUCAACCCCUCGUGGCAGCCGUUUAGCUUGUCGUCACGACAGCUGUGUAACUCCGAUGAUUCACGGCAAAUCCGGAUUCAGUGUCACGACUGGGAUAGCGAUGGCUCUACAGACUACAUUGGAUCCUGCAUGACAUCACUGGCACAGUUACGCCAAGGACGACUACCUCUCAACCUUGAACUAGUCAACGAAGAGAAGGCCAAGAAGAAGAAGAGUUACCGCAAUUCCGGCGUAGCCCACCUGCAAGCCUUGAAGUUUCAACGCAGCUAUUCCUUCCUUGAUUACAUCUCACAUGGCUGUGAACUGAACUUUGUGGUUGGUGUCGACUUCACUGGCUCCAACGGUGAUCCGCGCAAGUCCAACUCUCUACAUUAUCUUCCCCCGGGUGGUGGAGCAAUGAAUGAAUACCAGCGGGCACUGUGGGCGGUUGGUUCUAUUUGCGAGCAGUAUGACACGGACAAGCUCUUCCCUGCGUUUGGUUUUGGUGCCAAGGUCCCACCAGAGUAUAAAUUUUCCAACAUCUUCAACCUGAGCGUCGGUAGUCCUCGGCCAGAAUGCCAAGGAGUGGGUGGCAUCUUGGCAGCCUAUCAAUCGGCCAUCACUCAAGUACAGCUGUGGGGUCCGACUAACGCCGCUCCCAUCAUCACGGCCGUCUGUGACUUCGCCGAGGGAGAGCACAAGCGUAUUGUCUCGCAGAAACUUCCGUGCAAGUCCUAUCAAAUUCUGCUGCUACUGACGGACGGCAUCCUGACGGACAUGGAGCAGACCAAGAUGGCUGUCAUCCGUGGCUCUCACUUACCCAUGAGUGUCAUCAUCGUCGGUGUGGGAGCUGCUGACUUCUCUGACAUGGAGGCAUUGGAUGCCGAUGAUGGAUUGCUGACGUGCCGUGGUAAGAGUGCUGCCCGGGACAUUGUCCAGUUCGUGCCCUUCUCGCAGUACAGAACGCGACCACCAGAGCACCUAGCCAAGGACGUACUGGCUGAGGUGCCCACCCAGCUUGUACAGUACAUGGCUCUGCAUGAGUUUCCUAUUGGAAGUCCCACUGCUGCUGCUGCUACUGCUCCACGUCAACCUUGAGGCGGUUGUGUGCUGCUUUUGAGAUGCUCGCAUUUACAGAUACAUCCUUUUUUCCGUGAAGCAUACAGAGUGGCGGUAUCGUUAAGGUUGCACCGCGCAAGCCGUAUCAAGGGACAAGUCUGACCCCUCCGCGAUGUCCCCAUUGAUGAACAUCAUUGCCGUAGUCAUCCGAAAUGAUCCCAGUGCUCAUCUCUACGGUUCUAUGUUCUCUUCUUGUAGCCGUCCAGCUAGUGCUGGUCGCGCUGUCAUGGGUGAGCUCAACUUUGUUCUGCGACAGUCGAUCGAAUCAAAGUUAUAUUCGUCAAGAUGCCAGCAGUGGCCUUUCUCAUAGUGACAGGAUUCUUUUUUUUAUUUUCUCCUUUACCCUGGGUCUCUCUCUCUCUCUCUCUCUCUCUCUCUGUCUCUCUCUCUCUCUGUCUCUCUCUCUCUCUCUCUCUCUCUCUCUCUCUCUCUCUCUCUCUCUCUCUCUCUCUCUCUUUUGAAUUGCUCCUUUCCUCAAUUUCUCCAUGGAAUCUCCGAAGGUAGAGUGGAGAGUGAAGGUGUAGAUUUUCAUAAGCUUAUCCUGUGUGACGCCUGUGCGAUUUUAGAAGGUUGAUUUAUCGUAUUUUAUCUAUGGUUGCAGAUUUUCUUACUGUCUCUUCUUGUAGCUGGAAUACAUGUACUUGUAUCUGACUGUUUUCAAGCCUAGAAAUCACACGCGAGAGUGUAUUCGCUGUCUUAUAGCCGUGUAGAAACGUUUAGACGUUCUUGGCAAGCACCGCUUGUCUUCGCUUCUCCACAAAGCCGGGCGUUGCAACCGUACAUGCUUUUUUCUACUUGUUUAGAAAUUUUUUAAAGUUAUGAUUCACUUUGGCCAUUUUGUAGUAGCAUUUGGUCAGAGGUUUAGGGUGGAUUGCCGACUUAGGGUUAAGAGCUUUUUUUCUUUCUCUGUUUUCCCUCCUCCUUGUUCGUACCAUGUUAUCUCUCCCGUUUUCUCUGUCUCUUUCAUUCUCUCUCUCUCUCUCUCUCUCUCUCUCUUCUUGUCCUUUCUUCUUCUUCUUUUUCUGCCACGAUAUGAAGUUUGCUUGUCUUACUUCAAAAUCUCUUGCUAAAUGCUAAGCAGAGGCUGCGCUGUAGCCAAUUAUUAGUUUGCUUCAGGACUGGUGACAGGGUCCGUUUUAGCUUGCAGAACAUGAACGCAAACAAACUUUAGUUUUUGCAUUUCAAAAGUGCAAAUUUAUGUA